AUGCCUCCAUUCGCUUCCUACCUAUCUACAACUACCACGUUACAUCGGAUCCCGGUAGCAGGUGAACAGCUUUGUGUCUGCCUCUCUUUCUCUCUCUUUCGUGUGCGUGUCUCUUUCUCUCUCUUUCGUGUGCGUGUCUCUUUCUCGCUCUUGCGUAUGCGCGACUCUUUCUCUCUCUUGCAUGUGCGUGUGUUUUUCCCUCUCACUUUCUUUCUCUUCUAUGUGCGUGUGUCUCUCUCUCUCUCUCUCACUCGUGUGCGUGUCUCUUUCUCUCUCUUUCAUGUGCGUGUCUCUUUCUCUCUCUCUCUCUCUCUCUCUCUUGCGUAUGCUUGUAUCUUUCUCUCUCUCUUGCGUAUGCUUGUAUCUUUCUCUCUCUUGCGUAUGCGUGACUCUUUCUCUCUCUUGCGUAUGCGUGACUCUUUCUCACUCUUGCGUAUGCGUGACUCUUUCUCUCCCUUGCAUGUGCGUGUGUUUUUCCCUCUCACUUUCUUUCUCUUCCGUGUGCGUGUGUCUUUCUCUCUCUCUCUCUCGUGUGCGUCUCUCUCUCUCUCUCUCUCUCUCUCUCUCGUGUGCGUCUCUCUCUCUCUCUCUGUCGUGUGUCUUUCUUUCUCUUGUAUGUCUGUUGUAUUUCCAGUCUCAAGCUCAGUGGGCAUGCUUAGGUGGGUAUGUGUUUUCCUCUCGCCGAGUCUUUGUUAG